UAUUUAUUUAUUUAUUUAUUUAUUUAUUUAUUUAUUUAUUUAUUUCCUCCUCCUCCCUCUGAGACCCUCGAGCCAGGAGAGCUGCGGCUGGGGACAGAAACAGGAACCACAGGGACACAGGAGGCAGAGAGGACAGAGGGGAGGAAGCCUCAGAAGCUCCCACCCGGCUCAUCAAGCUCAAAAAGCCUGGCAGGGGCCAUGAGCACCAGGCAGGAGGCCAGGAGAGAAGGGGGAGACUCCAGCAGGAGGGGACAAGAGGCAGAGUUUCGGGACCGAGCCCACCUGAGCCAGCAGCGCAGGCUCAAACAGGCCACCCAGUUCCUGCACAAGGACUCCGCUGACCUGCUGCCCCUGGACAGCCUCAAGAGGCUGGGCACCUCCAAGGACUUGCAGCCACACAGUGUGAUCCAAAGACGCCUGGUAGAGAGAAACCAGAGCUGGAGUCAGGGGGAGUCUCCCCUGGAGCAGGCCCUGAUUCAUGGCCAGGAGAACAGGAGGAAGACUAGCACACCAGAGAUUCCAGCUCUUCUAGUCAAUUGCAAGUGCCAGGACCAGGUGCUUAGGGUGGCCGUGGACACAGGCACCUACUACAACCAGAUCUCCACUGGAUGCCUCACCCGCCUGGGGUUAGGGAAGAAGGUCCUAAAAGCCUCAGGGGGGGACCUGGCCCCUGAACCCCCAACCCAAGUGGAACAGCUGGAGCUACAGCUAGGUCAGCAGACUGUGGCAUGCUCAGCCCAGGUAGUGGAUGUUGAGAGUCCUGAAUUAUCUCUUGGACUGCAGACUCUGCUUUCUCUCAAGUGCUGUAUCGACCUGGAGCACGGAGUGCUGCGGCUGCAAGCCCCCUUCCCAGAACUGCCCUUCCUGCCUUUGUACCAAGAGCCUCGCCAGUGACUGCUGUCCCAGUCAGUCCCCAAAAGGAAGCACUGUAACUUAAGGGAACAACCAUGUGAGGAAUGAGGACAUUACUACAGCCAGGUAGCUGGGGACUACUUUGUGCCUUUGUCACCACCCUGACCCUGCUGUUCCAUUGCCCUGAGUUGGCCACAUUCCUCCCUGCUUUUUGGCAACUUCCCUAUCCCCCAGGAGUUUUCCCGGAGCCGGCCCAGGAGCUCAGGGCUCUGCUUUCCCUGUUUUCUCUCAUUGCCCUUCCAAGAAGAGCAAAGCCAAAUCAGGACUGCAGAAAAUGACACAAGCAAAAUGGGGUUCCAGGUGGGACCCCUGGCAUGGUAGAAGCCGGCCAAGUCAAGGAUUGUAGCCUACUGUUGUCCUCCACCUGUGCCCCAGCUCCCGCCAAACCUUCUCCACUGCCUUCACUCCCACAUCUCUCACUCCACCUCUGGGCUAUCUUUCACAACUAGACACUGCACCUCACCAACCGGUUCCCUGGUCUGGCUGGUGCCUACCUUUCUGAUUCUGCACACAUGUGCUCACAGUUCAGUGGGGUAAGAAACACUGAACACAGUAAUUCAAUACAGUAGGAGUGUGGUUUGGUAGAGGAAUGCCAGCUCACAGGACUAGGAGCUCUGUUAGUUACCUUUUCUGAGCUUGCAAAUGUCUGAAGUCAGUUACUGCUUGAUUACCCAGUGCGAGCCCUUGGAUAUACCUCUAAUAUCUGCCCCAGAUAUUCAUCCACUGGGCCCCUGAACUUUGGGGUAUGUGUACAAGAGCCCUAUAAAGAGCUGGCCCCAAAGGUAGUUGGGAUAGUAGACUUGUCAGUACUCAGACUUUACCUAACCCAUAUUCCUUAUUUCUAGAACUAUCCACCCCAUUAGAUCUUCCUUCUGCCCCUCAUCUCUGGCUUCCAUAGGUGGAGCUUGUCUUGUUUUGGAAUCAAUGGCUUUCUAUCCCCUACAGGUCUAAGCCAUAGCAAAGAGACAAGGAGGCUCUUCUGACAUUACUGUGAAGAGAGGAACUCAAACUGUAAGAAGCCAGACCCAAGUGUCUUCCUGGCUGGUUUGAGCCUCUUGAAUCAUGGAUGUGGGCUUGAGGAAGAAAGUGGUGUAACUAACCUGAACUAGGGAACUAGGACCUCAGGCUGGAAACAAAAUCUUGAGCAUGGGAUAGGUUAGAGAAGAACCAGGAUGUAAGAAGCUGCUCUGUGACACCUGGCCUUACCUUUCUCCGUCAAGUCUCCUGCCCUCACAAGGAAAGGAGAGGAACUCACUGUCACAUGUGUCAUAGAUAGUGCCCUGGUCCUUCGCUGCCUUGCUCCAUGACCUCUGCCUUCUUGAUCUCACCCUGUUCCUUUCCCUUCUGCCUCCUGCUGCUUCUGUAGGUGCAGACCAUAGACCCCCAGGCCCUAUGGUAGACUCUCAGCUCAGCUGCUCACCCACUUGAAUAAACAUGUUUCUCCACGGUAAUGUGCUUCUUUGGUCUUCCCUCAUGCCCACGAGAGGCUGAUAACUCUACCCUAUUCCCUUCACAAAGCAAAUGUGGAU